AUGUCACUUCCAUCCUCAAAGCUCGGCACCGCGCCUCACCAGCAAUCCAUACGCUCCUUUUUCCAACCUCCGAAGCCACCCACCUACGCCCCUCCUCCCUCCUCCACCACGACCACCCCUCCACAACCACCAACGCUGCCGCCAGCUCCCUUAUCACUGCCGGUGCCGCUCCCGUCAACCUCGGCCACGAACCCUUCCUUGCCGCCCAACGCCACCAUCCGCGCCGUCGAACCCGCCGAUAUUACCGCCCUGCGGCGCCUCAACGCCCUCCUCCUCCCCGUCGCCUUCCCCGACAGCUUCUAUGCCGCCGUCCUCGACCCUACGCUGUCGCACCGCCACUCGCGUGUCAUCACAUGGGCCGGCGACGGCAACGGCCUCCCCGAGGAGCCCAAGAUUGUCGGCGCCGUCGUUUGCAUUCCCGAACCACCGCCUGGCACCUCCCCCGAGCACAACCUCUACAUUCGCAGCCUCGGUAUCCUCGCGCCGUACCGCGGCAUGGGCCUCGCUGGCGCUGCCCUCGACGACAUACUCGCGCACACCUCGUCCGCGUUGACGAUCCGCAGCGUCACCGCGCACGUGUGGACCGAGAAUGACGUCGGGCUCGCGUGGUACCAGCGGCGCGGCUUCGAGCGCUGCGGCGACCCCAUCCACGGCUACUACCGCCGUCUACGGCCCGACUCGGCCAUACUCGUCUCGCGGCCCGUCCGCGCUGGCGCUGUUCUCCGCGCCGUGCACGCCCGGGACGCAAUGGCGGACGCGACAAUCAAAGCGCCGGCGGCCGUGAACCGCCCUCCCACCACGUCGGCCAAUCUCAACAGCGACGCACGCCCGCCGCCCCCGCGAGGUGGCUCAUACCAGAACCAGCGCUCCGAGAUGGAAUGGAACGACCUGCCCGUCGACAUGAUGGGUCUGCCGCCCCCACCGCGGCGGAACCUUGCGGGUGGGAGCGAACCUGGAUCGGGGGCGGUGUCGGGGGCGAGCUCGCGGAGCAGUUCCAGCGCGGCGCAGAGGAAGAAGCGCGACCGAUCUUACCCAUCGGCCGCCUUUGGUACGUAG